CCCGGCUCCGCUCCGGCAGCAUCCGCCUCCGGGACGCACAGGCGCGCGCGCGCACGCAGCGGAUCGCAGCGCGACGGGCGACGCGACUGGAAGAAGGCAGCGCCGCAGCCGCUCAACGGGGGUGAAGCCGGUCCGUGUUCGGAGCGGACUCCGGAGGUCCCGCCGCGCGGCCGGAGCCAUGCGCGCCGCAGGACCGUGCGGACGGUGAAACGGGUCGAUCUCCGCCGCGGACGCCGCUCGCCGCCGAUCAUGAGGGGGAGCGUGAAGUUUGCGCUGCUGUGCGUGUGCCUGGCGCUCGGGGAGGCGACGGUGCGAGCUCAUGAGGACUUUGUGUCUUUGGCCGAGAUGGAGGAUUCGUUGUUGAGGAACCUUUUCAGGGGUUACCAGAAGUGGGUGCGGCCUGUCCAGCACGCCAACGACACCAUCACUGUGCGCUUCGGGCUCAAGAUUUCCCAGCUGGUCGACGUGGAUGAAAAGAACCAGCUGAUGACUACAAACGUGUGGCUGUGGCAGGAGUGGAUCGAUGUGAAGCUGAAGUGGAACCCAGAUGACUAUGGCGGUAUAACCUCCAUCAGAGUGCCAUCAGAGACGAUAUGGCUGCCUGAUAUCGUGCUCUAUGAAAAUGCCGACGGGCGUUUCGAGGGUUCCCUGAUGACCAAAGCCAUCGUACGCUGGGACGGCACUAUCACGUGGACGCCGCCGGCCAGCUACAAAUCCUCCUGCACCAUGGACGUCACGUUCUUCCCCUUCGAUCGGCAGAAUUGCUCCAUGAAGUUUGGCUCCUGGACGUACGACGGCAACAUGGUGGACCUGGUGCUGGUGGAUCACUACGUGGACCGCAAGGACUUCUUCGAUAAUGGAGAAUGGGAGAUCCUCAAUGCAACAGGAGUAAAGGGAAGCAGGAGGGACGGGGUGUACUGGUACCCAUUCGUCACAUACUCCUUCAUCCUAAAGAGGUUGCCCUUGUUCUACACUCUCUUCCUCAUCAUCCCAUGCCUGGGUCUGUCCUUUCUAACUGUGCUGGUAUUUUAUUUGCCAUCGGAUGAAGGAGAGAAACUGUCACUCUCCACAUCGGUACUGGUGUCACUCACCGUGUUCCUGCUGGUCAUAGAGGAAAUCAUACCUUCAUCCUCAAAGGUGAUCCCACUAAUUGGAGAGUACCUGCUCUUCAUCAUGAUCUUUGUCACUUUCUCCAUCAUCGUCACCGUCUUCGUAAUUAACGUGCACCAUCGCUCCUCUGCUACCUAUCACCCCAUGGCCCCCUGGGUAAAGAGCCUGUUCCUCCAGAGACUCCCCAGGCUGCUGUGCAUGAGAGGUCACACUGACAGGUAUCAUUACCCAGACAUUGAGAUGCGCAGUCCAGAGCCGAGGCCCCGCAAAGGCGCCGGGAGGAGAGCGGCUCCCGGCCAACAGAAGUGUCCGCUGGGAGCGAAGGAGGACGAGAACCAGGCCUGGCUGGCCAUGCUGGAGAAGGCCACCAACUCGGUCCGCUACAUCAGCCGUCACAUCAAGAAGGAGCACUUCAUUCGAGAGGUAGUGCAGGACUGGAAGUUCGUGGCUCAGGUGUUGGACAGGAUUUUCCUUUGGGCCUUUCUCACCGUGUCCAUACUGGGAACCGUCCUGAUCUUCACCCCGGCUCUGCAAAUGUACCUCACCACGCCUUCGUGAGCUCGAACCCACUCGCAGAUGCUCUUCAACAGCUCCUUCUCCUUUUCUUGUUUGUCUUUGACAAUAAUUUAUUGAUAAAACUCAAUAAAACAUUCAUACUGUAUAUUUCUGCUUUACAAAAUAAUAUCAAGCUACAAAUGUUUACCUCUCGGUUCGCAGCCUGUAUAUUGACUGGAAGGUGCAACGUUCCUGAUGCAACCUGUCAACUCGUUGUGAGGUGCAUGAGUGUGAAGGUGUAAAAGCAAUAACCAGGUUAUAGUAGAGUGUGAUUUGAGUCCCUCUGUUUGUGUAACGUUACCACUUUCAGUAGAUGAGUCAUGACUUGUUCUUUGUGUCACAGACCACAUAUAAUCCAGCUGUAUGUACUGUUAUAUUAACCACAAUAAAAUGAACUACACUUGCUA